CUUCAUUGCCUCACUCACUCACUCAUUCAUGAGCCCUCUUCUGCGAUGAGAGUAUCCCUUUCUCUUUGAAUUACACGCCUGAGCUGUUUAGGAGCUCUUUAUCAACUCAAAGAGCCUUUUAUUGACAUUAUCUUUAACAAUUCAUUCUUGAAUUCGGCUCGCUCGUUCCGUGGACAUCCAUAAAUACUGCACAGUUUCCCUAACCACCUCUUCCUCUCAUCAACUCAUCAACCCAUCAUCUAUCAUUCCAUUUUCAUUCGACAAUGGCAUCAUUCUUUGACCGCAUGGAAGGCGAAGGGCUCACUGAGUCUGAAAAGUCAAUUUUCGACGUAUUCAGAGCAAGCCUCCAAUUUCCUGAUGCACCCGAUGUCCUGGCCCAGAGGCUAUCGGACGAUAUCGUCUUCUUCUGUAACUCAGCCGAAGCAGACGAAGACCCCGAAGCAAUCCUCGGGUGGGCUUGGGACAUGAUGUUCGAAAUGAUCACUUAUAUUCCGCCGCACCACGUGUGGCAAGACAUCUGGGUCGACGCCCUGAAAAUUCUCAAGAGCCGCGAGAACCUGCCCGCUCGGGGCGAUAACGCAAAGGAGCUUUCGUGGAAAGAGCUCCCCGAUUUCAGUAUGAAACAGAGAGAGAAUCUAGAUCGUUACAGCGACGACUACACGAGAUGGACGAAUCUAUGCUCCUUUUUCGCCAAACUAUACGCUUCUGGUGUCACAGAUACGCCUCAUUACGUGGUAUGGGACUUGCGCUACACGCUGGAGAAAUACGACAGCAGCGCAACUGUGCCUGAGGCUAAGAUGUGGAUAUCGACCGAGUGGAUAAUCCGCUGCGCAGAAAAAGUCCUCGAAUACUUGAAACAAUCCGAUGAGCCAGAAGGAGAGACCGAGCAGGCUUUCUGGAGCUUUGGCGAGGCAUACGCCGAGAAGGGGAAAGAGGGAGUUGGUCUGCUGAGUGUUGAGCGCUGGAAUCUGUGGAAGAAGUGGCUCUCGGAGAAGAAAGAGAACCUCUCCAAAAACGAAGGUGGUCUUGCUGAUCCUCUAACGCUUGCGCGAGUUUCUGAAGCUUUGCAGAAGAUGAACGAGGCGGAGAGCAAAAUGGCUGCUUUCUAAGCUUGAUCUGUACGUGAUACUCACCAUAAGCGCGUCGGCGGGCCGAAGCGCAGGCUUCAGGCGUACUUGCUCAUCUGUCUAAGGAGUUUAAAAGUUUU